ACCGAUUACUACAUCAGGUUGGGCCGACUGGAGAUCUCACUCUGAUCAGUUCACUUGAAAAUUUUUAUACAGCACUUUGGGAAUAGCAUGAGGGAAGGUGAGCAGGUUCAGCGACCUCGAUUACUGCAAGGCUUCUAUUCAUUCGAGGUGCCACUCAUCUGGUAAUUCCUCGCAGUCGAUACUGGAUGACAUUCUGAAAAAUUACGACCACCGCGUCAGGCCACUCAAAGAUGGACCACCUGUUGUCGUGUCACUUCAGGUUGGUGUCGAACACAUCGGUACUGUCAGCGAAAGUGCAAUGGAUAUUUCCCUCACACUCUUUCUGAUCGAAACUUGGACAGACGAACGGUUGAAUUUCACUGCCAAACACCCCAUCCACCUAUCCGGCUUAGAUGGCUACAGGAUUUGGGUACCAGACUUGUUUUUUCCCUUUGAGGUCCACGCCAAACCGCACGACAUGACUACGCCCAAUAUGAAGCUCGUUCUCCACCAAGACGGCACAGUGGAACUGACUUUACGAGAAAGCUUGACGUUCGCAUGUCCUAUGGACCUGUCACGGUUUCCCAUGGACGAACAAAGUUGUAACAUAAGUAUGCUGAGCUAUAGGUACUGUUCGAAAGACCUCGUCUUGCACAUCACUGAUGAAGGCUUUAUUUUGCCUAAGAGUUCGGACUUGUCUAGGUUCAGGAUUGUUGGCCAAGAAACGGAAAUGUUGGAUAUUGGAUACGGACCAGCGAUUCAUAGCGGCGCACAAGCGACUAUCAAGCUACAGCGUCGACUGGAGACCUACGCUCUGACGGUAUACAUGCCCAGCUUUCUGCUAGUCAUCAUUGCCUGGCUUUCCUUCUGGAUCGAUCCACGGUCUACGCCGGCUCGCGUCUCCUUGGGAGUGACCGUCAACCUGACCUUGAACACGUUGUCCAAGGGACAAACGGAGUCGAUGCCAGGCAACAGUGGGGUUAAAGCUUUGGAUAUUUGGCUAAUCGUCUGCCAGAUAUUUGUCUUCCUAGCGUUUGUUGAAUACACAGUGGUCAAUGCAUCCAUGAUGAACGAGUAUUACAGACAGCUGCAAUACAAGAAGGAACGCAGGCGCCAGAAGAGCAGAAAAAAAUCCCCAGACGGAGAGGAAACUACAACCGAGGAGAAUUCGGAUUCCGGGGUCGAUUAUUCUUUGAGACUUGCCUAUAUAUUGGACAAAAUCUCACGAUACGCGUUCAUUAUCCUCUUCAUGCUCUUCAAUGCGAUAUACUGGUUCGCGUACCUGUACUAGAAUGCUAUGCAAUCCAGAAGGUCGACACCUGGCACCGAUAGCCCGUACGGGCAUUCAACAGAAGGUCAACAACUGCCACUGAUAGCCCGGACAGGCAUUUGACAUCUGAAUGAAUAUCGCAACAGUAAAAGUUUAAAAGUCAAGAUAACGAAUUUCUGUAACCUGCUAAGAAUGGCUGGGAAUGGAAGCAUUGUUUUAAAAGGUGAAAAUUUAAAAAGGUAAGCCUAAUAAAAUUUCACUAUCGCAUCGACAGCGAAACAGAUUAUCUCUCAAGCAAAGUGAGGCUAGGAGAACAGUAAAAGUAAUCUAAGCAGGAUUUUACUGUUUAUUCUGUGGCGCAAAGGAAAAAUCACGAUUGUAAAGUCUUUUAUACAGAGCACUAAAAAUCCCGCUUCGACAAGAAACUAAUAGUAAAACGAUUUAAUGGGAUUUCUGAAGAAAAACAGAACAAAGUCAGAAUACCUGAGAA